AAAAACUCGAAUUCGCAUGUAGUCUUCGUUCGAUCUUCAGUUUGUAAUAGAUGACUGUGAUUUUGAAAUAGUAAACAUAAAUUAAAAUGUUGUUUAAUGGUAAUAUACCGAUUAGAUUUAAGCCGUCUGAGUUAAAUUGUUUUAACUGGUUGUACAGUGUUGCACCGUGUUUCCCUGUACAUGCUUCUACAGUAAACAUAAUAAAUGAUCCCAAAAAAUUCUAUGAUACAUUAUGUGAAAGGUUUCGGAAUGCUAACCGUCGAAUAUCCGUCGCUAGCUUGUACUUGGGUACUGGUCCCAUGGAAAGAACACUUGUGGACAUUACUAGUAGGAAUUUAGAGAAACAUAAAGAUUUAACAUUCAAGAUACUUCUAGACCAUCAACGAGGCACUCGAGGGGAAAAGAACUCUGUGACCAUGUUACAAGAGAUAAUCAAUGACUAUCAUAACACAAAGUGCUCGGUCAACUUGUACCAAACUCCUAGACUUCAUGGUUCGUGGUCCAAGGCUUUACCAGCUCGUUACAAUGAGCUUAUAGGGCUACAACACAUGAAGAUCUACAUAGCAGAUGACUCUGUCUUACUGAGUGGGGCUAAUUGUUCUAAUGACUACUUUGAACAGAGACAGGAUCGAUAUGUGGAAAUUUUGGAUGCAGACCUGGCCAAUUUUUAUAGUGAACUCAUAGAUGAGGUAAGUAACUACAGCAAGUGCUGUGGACCAAAUGGUGUUGAAGAAAGAAAAAAGUAUGGCUCAAAAGAGUUAAUACUUCAUGAAAUGAGACACAAAAUAAAUGAACUUAUUUCAAGAUGGAAGGAAAAACAGUUGGAGAAACUUGGAUCCAUACAUGAUACUAAUGAAGAAAAAAAAGACACAUGGAUCUUUCCUCUAAUACAAAUGGGUGAAUUUGGGAUCACUCAAGACGAAGAAGUUACCAGCAGGAUACUUGCUUCAGUGCCUCAAGACUCCCAUUUACAGUUAGCCACUGGUUAUUUUAACCUAACAGAUAAUUAUGCUGAAACUUUGUUAAAAGAGUGCAAGGCAAAUAUCAGUUUACUGAUGGCUCAUCCUAAUGCCAAUGGAUUUUUAGGGGCAUCAGGACCAGCAGGUGGAAUUCCGCAUGCUUAUUCUUUGAUUGCCAGAAAAUUUUGGCAGAGAGUCCAAGAUUACAAGCAGACAAAUAGGGUGGAAAUGCUUGAGUAUGAACGACCAGGAUGGACAUUUCAUGCAAAAGGAUUAUGGUACUACCCACCGGGGUCGGGACUGCCGUGGGCGACUAUAGUAGGCUCGGCGAACUUAGGAGAGCGAUCUGUUAAACGCGAUCUCGAAGCUCAGGCUGCUAUUUUUACUGUGUCUUCCGAUUUGCAGAAAAAGUUACGUGAGGAAUCGCAGCUGUUGCAUCACUAUGCAACAGAGUGUAGUAUGGAGCUGCAGAAGAGAGACACGCCGCUAUGGGUGCGAGCGACGGUCGGCCUGUUUAGAACAUAUUUUUAAGUAAUGCUGAACUAAUUUUAAGGGGAGUACACUGUGCUUAACUACUAUAAUUAUGAUAUUGCCUUAUUAUUCUUAGCCUGUUCUGCGGAAUUGCAGUGCAAAUAUCACGACUACAGCUAAACUAGUUCAAGUGAGGGGCGAUUUCAUUAGUUAUUUAAAACUGGACGAAGCAUGUUAUGUAGUAAGCCUGAAUUUAACUAAAAACUUUAAUUUGCAUGUCUAUAUUGGCCCUAUAGUGUUCGGCUACUGAAGGUUAAAAAUUUACAAUUUCUUAUUCAUUUCUAAUCAGAAGUAAAAUAUUUAACAUAACAUAAUAAGUAUCUGCUAAACCUAUAAAAGCAAUUGUCAUAAGUACAGUUGCACAACUCUUGGUUAUCUUGGGUGGUUUUCCAGAUUGUUCAGCCAAAGUAGUGAUAACAGUGAUAUUAUAUUUUAAUGGUACGGUCGAGUUUCUAUACAACUUGUAAACAUAAAAGUUUAAAAUUUAAUUUUGCUGUAAAUUUUCAACUAAUUUAUUUUCAUAGUUUUACAUGUGUGCAGAUUUAUUUUCAUUUUUCAUAGUGUGGGGCAAUAGCGUUUCUAUUGCUUUGUCAUUUAAUCAGUAUUAUUUUCUAUCAGCCAAUGUAGGCCUUCCCUUAAUAUGUUGUUUAAAUUAAUAGUUUAGUUAUAUAGUGUGGGUCUGUGAAUUCGUUUUUAUGUAUGUAGUUGUAUUGUAUGAGGAAAUUAAGCUUGACAGAAUUUAUUAAAACUUGUUACCAUGUGAAUGUUACAUAGGUUAGUUAAUAUGUUAUUGUUUUUUGUAAAUGUAUGACAGUGUUCGGGAAAUAAAACCAAAAACUUUUAAUAAUUCUCAA